AUGUUUGCCGGCUCCCAUGUGAUCAGCGUCAUGUUCCAUGUCAUCACCUUCAGGAUGACGCGCACCGGGGUCAUGAUGGACAUUGAGAAGUUCCGACCCUGGUGGCUGUGCCCCAGCAUGCACAAGCUGAAUUUGGUGGUGGCCUGGGCAGACCUGCUGCUGUCAGACCGGCGCAGCUUCACCGCAAGAAGCGAGCUGAUAUCCAAGUUGUUGGUGAUCACCUACCUGGCUUACAUAAACCUGUGCCGCUACGUCAACGG